AUGGAAGACUUCAAUUCCUUCUCUGAAACGGGUUGAGAAAUAUACGUAAUCGAGAAUGGAGGGUCUAUCCUAAACUACAAAAAACUAUUUAUCCAGAAAUAACUCGAACUUGUACUCCAAAGUCCAGAAGAACUUGGGCAUACAGGGGGACAUUUAUAUUUAUGACAAGAAUGGAUGUAGGAUAGACUGUGAUGAUGACCUCAGACAUCUCAGAAAUAAAGACUGUGUUUAUGUCUGUCCCAAGGAGAGAGAUUUCAAUUACGAGUAUUUUCUUAGUAUGUAUUCGAAGAAGUCGCAACUCGGCCAAGGCGGCUACGGGUCAGUCUAUUUGUUGGAGCAUAAGUUAACCAAACAGAAAGUGGCAGCGAAGUUUGUGGAUAUUUCAGAGUUUUUGAAGAAAGCUGGGGAUAUUCAGAAGGCGCACCGGGAGGCACAAUUGAUGCUGAAGCUUACUCAUGAGAAUAUUGUUAAUCUUGAAACUGUGUUUAUUCUUAAAUAACCAGGUUAUUAUUUUUAUGGAAUAUAUUAGUGGAGGGGAGCUUAAGAAAUGCAUCGCUAAGAGAGGAUCUCCCUUUAGUGAAGAAGUUGCUAAGAAGAUUAUGAAGAUACUUAUUCUAGCCAUUGAGCAUAUGCAUAGCCAAAAUUUAGUUCAUAGAGACCUCAAAUUAGAGAACAUACUUUUGAUUGAUGAAAAUGAUCCUUUCUCAAUGAAAAUUAUCGACUUUGGAAUUUCUGGAUUGCUCACAAAAGUUGGAAUUGGUGAAAAGAUUAAUGCUGGUACAAUAAUGUAUUGACCACCUGAAGUGUUGACAAAAUAAGAAACUCUCUUCAGAUCCAAAGAUAGAUAUAUGGGCGCUAGGAAUCAUAAUGUAUGUGCUCUUGACCAAAGAGUAUCCCUUCUCUUGAGAUAGCGACUACAAAACUUACCAAAGUAUUAUCAAAGACAGUAUCAAGUUUCCACGCAGGACAAUGCUUUCAAAAGAAGCAAGGCACCUUAACAAGGCUUUGUUGGCAAAAGACCAUAUUCAUCGUUACACUAUCACAGACAUAAAAUCACAUCCAUGGAUUUCAAAGGAAUUUGAAGACGAUGAACAACAAAUGAAACCAAACUUUUUCGAAGAAAUUGAAAGCAAUGAUAGUGACUUUUGGGAAGAAGAAAAACUGAGCAUCAAACCAAAUAAUAGAAGGAUUGUACUCAGAGACAAAACUUGUGGACUUCUCAGACCAGCACUUAGGAUAGGAGCUACUACUAAGUUAGGGAAAUUGCAUACUUCCUAAAAUUACUGCUCUUGAUGAGGAAUCGGAAACAGAUUGCAAGGAAACUCAGAACCUAGCUUCAAGUGAAUCUUUUGAACGUAUCACAGAAAAGGUUAAACCUAUUAAGAGAAAAAUAUAAAAACUAGGGCUAAAAUUCUCUAUACUCAAAAGUUACAAAAAUUAUUUAAAAAUAUUCAGAAAAAGAACCU